ACCAGAGUGGAUUGGGGAAAAAGAAAGAAAAACCAGCGAAGCACGGCCGCCCCCUUCCCCCUCCGCGCCGGCGCGCGGCUAAACCCCCACUAACCCCCUCACACGCUCCCGCCGCCGCAAAACCCUAAACCCCGCCGCCAUGCGCCGCCUCCCGCCCCUCUCCCAGCGCGCCGCCGCCGCGGUCGCCGCAUCCGCGCCCCCAUCCCCAUCCCCAUCCACCUCCACCCCGUACCUCGUCGCGGAGCUCGGCCGCGUCCUCUCCACGCGCCGCUGGAACAAGGGCCGGGCCUACAAGCGCCUGGCGCCCUCCGUCACGCCGGCCCUCGUCGCCGACCUCUUCCGCGCCCCCUCGGCCGCCCCCGACCCGGGCACGGCGCUCGCCUUCUUCGACUGGGUCGCGCGCCGCCAGGGCUUCCGCCACACGGCCGCCUCCCACGCCGCGCUCCUCCACCUCCUCUCGCGCUGGCGGGCCCCCGCGCGCUACGAGCAGCUCGUCUUCUCCAUGUUCGGCUGCGCGCGGAGCGCCGAGGACGCGCGCGCCUCCGCCGACGCCCUGCGGGCAAUCUGCCGAACCGGUGCCGCGCGCCACGCGCUGUCCCCGGCCUGCUACAACUUCGCGCUCAGGUCGCUCGCGCGCUUCGACAUGACGGGGGAGAUGGAGCGGGUCUACUCGCAGCUCGUCGGGGACGGGCUGCUGCCGGACACCAAGACGUACAACGCCAUGAUUAAGUCCUACUGCAAGGAGGGCGACCUCCCCAAGGCGCACCGGUACUUCAAGCUGUUGCUGGAGUGCGGGCUGGAGCCGGACACGUUCACGUGUAACGCGCUGGUGCUGGGUUACUGCCGGACGGGCAACCUGAGGCGGGCCUGCUGGCUGUUGCUGAUGAUGCCGCUGGUCGGCUGCCAGAGAAAUGAGUACUCCUACACCAUUUUGAUUCAGGGUCUGUGUGAGGCGCGGCGUGUAAGGGAGGCGCUUGUGCUGUUUUUGAUGAUGAGGGGUGAUGGGUGCUCCCCGAAUUCACACACAUACAAAUUCCUGAUCGGCGGCCUAUGUAAGGAGGGCAGGGUUGCUGACGCCAGGAUGUUGCUUGAUGAGAUGUCUCGGGGAGGUGUUGCUCCAAGUGUUAUGGCAUAUAAUGCAAUGAUUGUAGGGUACUGUAAGGCAGGAAGGAUGCAGGAUGCAUUGGGGAUUAAGGAGCUGAUGGAAGGAAAUGGGUGCCACCCGAAUGAUUGGACAUACAGCACUUUGAUUCAUGGCCUCUGUGAUGGGAAGAUGGAUGAAGCUGAGCAAUUGCUGGAUAGUGCUGUUAAAGGAGGUUUUACACCUACGGUUGUCACAUUCACUAUCCUGAUCGAUGGGUACUGCAAAGCUGAAAGGAUUGAUGAUGCACUCAGGGUGAAAAAUAAUAUGAUGCUGAGUAAGUGUAAACUUGAUAUACAUGUGUAUGGGAAGUUGAUCAAUAGCCUCAUUAAGAAGGAUAGGUUAAAAGAGGCGAAGGAGUUGUUAGCUGAAAUUCCGGCAACUGGUUUGGUUCCAAAUGUGUUCACCUACACAUCUGUAAUUGAUGGCUUUUGCAAGAUCGGGAAGGUUGAUUUCGCACUAGAGGUCUUGAAAAUGAUGGAACGCGAUGAUUGCCAGCCAAAUACAUGGACCUACAACUCUCUGAUGUAUGGGUUAAUUCAGGAUAAGAAACUUCACAAUGCAAUGGCGCUGAUAACUAAAAUGCAAAAAGAUGGAAUAACUCCUGAUGUUAUCACCUAUACCACUUUGGUUCAAGGCCAGUGCAAUCAGCAUGAAUUUGAGAAUGCUUUCAGGUUACUUGAAAUGAUGGAGCAGAAUGGUCUGACACCCGAUGACCAAUUAUACAGCGUCUUAACUGGUGCACUGUGCAAAGCUGGAAGGGCUGAAGAAGCUUAUUCAUUUCUUGUUAGAAAAGGAAUAGCCCUAACUAAGGUACUCUAUACUAUUUUAAUUGAUGGUUUCAGCAAGGCAGGCAAAAGUGACAUUGCCGCCACCCUCAUAGACAGCAUGAUUGGUGAGGGUUGCACACCAGAUUCAUACACGUAUAGUGUACUGCUGCAUGCUUUAUGCAAAGAAAAGAAGCUGCAGGAAGCUUUGCCGAUACUGGAUCAAAUGACUCAAAGGGGAAUAAAAUGUACCAUUUUUGCUUAUACAACUCUAAUCAACGAAAUGCUCAGAGAAGGGAAGCAUGACCAUGCUAAAAGGAUGUACGAUGAAAUGGUUUCAUCAGGUCACAAGCCAAGUGCAACCACAUAUACUGUAUUCAUUAACUCAUACUGCAAGGAAGGUCGAGUGGAGGAGGCUGAGAACUUAAUUGUGGAAAUGGAGAGAGAAGGUGUUGCCCGUGAUGCAGUGACCUACAACACAUUCAUUGAUGGCUGUGGGAAUAUGGGAUAUAUUGAUCGCGCAUUUCAUACUCUGAAGCGCAUGGUGGAUGCAUCAUGUGAGCCAGAUUAUGCGACCUACUGCAUUCUGCUCAAGCAUCUUCUAAAAGAGAAUUUUAAUUUCCGUUAUGUAGACACCUCUGGCAUGUGGAACUUCGUAGAGUUGGAUACUGUUUGGCAGUUUCUUGAAAGGAUGUCAAAACAUGGUCUGAAUCCCACAAUAACGACAUACAGUUCUCUCAUUGCAGGAUUCUGCAAAGCCAACCGCAUUGAAGAAGCAUGUGUUCUUUUUGAUCAUAUGUGCAGUAAAGAUAUACCACCUAAUGAAGAGAUAUACAAAUUACUUAUCAAGUGCUGUUGUGAUACCAAGUCCUUUGAGAAGGCCUCUUCAUUUGUGCACAACAUGAUACAACACAGGUUUCAGCCUCAUCUUGAAUCAUACCAGCUUCUUAUACUGGGACUUUGUAACGAGGGAGAAUUUGAGAAGGCUAAAUCACUGUUCUGUGACUUGCUUGAACUGGGCUAUAAUCAUGAUGAAGUUGCAUGGAAAAUUCUAAAUGAUGGUUUGCUCAAAGGUGGUUAUGUUGAUAUAUGUUCUCAGAUGCUGUCUACCAUGGAGAAUAAACACUGUUCCAUUAGUUCUCAGACACAUGCUAUGGUGACCAAUGGCUUGCAUGAGGCAUCUGGCAGUCUGGUUGGUGAACUCCAAGGAGAAGCUCUUUGAGUCAGCUUGACUGAUAUGUUCAUGCUAAUAGAUGGUGUGUUUCAUUGGCCAUACAUUUAGUCUGUAACUUUCAGUCCAAUGAAUAUAAUGGUUGCUAGACUUGUCACGAUUUAGCAAAUAUGAUCCAGUAAAGCAGAUACUUUGUUGAGAAAGUUGUACAGUACAAAACUUCGAUCAAGGCAUCAACUAACUAAAAGAUUGCAUGCAGCACCGCGUUUUACAUGACUGACUUGAGAUGAGCAACAUCCAGUUAGGAUGCCGUUUGAUCAGCUAAAUGCCAAUACAUGUUGCUCAAGCAGAUCUGUUUGUCAGAAACAGGAUUAUCAUACCAAUUCAUAUUCAAACCAAAGGCACUUUCUCGUCACGCAGUUGGGAGAUAGUCAGUGUCAGGCUCACCCAAACCUAUGGCUUAUGGAGUCUCAUUGCUUGCUUUACUUUGGGGGUAAUCAAUUAUACCUGUCAUUGUUUGAUUGCCAUAUUUUGGUGGUAUAGAUGCCAUACAGUUCUUUUUACAUUGGAGAAGUUUAUUUUUGAAUGAUAUAAAACAGUCUACCUCUAUGACUCCUAUUUAUGUAGUGAUUCUUAUCAGAGCAUUUAGUGUGGUGCGAAAUAAUGUAUCAACUUGAAAGAAUUAAACUUAAAAAUUAUUGGAUAGGUACAGACUUAUUUUGUAAAAAAUAGAUAUGUAGAUAGACUUGUUUACUACUACCUUUGUCCUCGAAUGUAUGCCACUGUGGGGUGCAUAGAGUCAACCUUUAGAAAUCUUGAUGACUAAUAUGUGAGGAAGUACAAUUUAUUCAUUUUGCAUAAUUAUUUUACGUUGUCCACGCUUAUUGUUUUCUAUAAAACAUGUUAUGUUCAGAAAUUAUAGUCAUAGUCCUGCAUCAGAGACUGUAAAUGAAGAUCAUACAUUUGUGAAUGGAGUAGGAUUUCUUGUUGUUUAGCUAUGUUUUAUAUACUUUCAAAUCUUGGCCAACAAAGAACAGUGGUUUGGAUUGCAUUUUGCCACAUUGAGACAUCCAGUGGCGGAGACAGGGGGAUGCCAGCAGCCCCCCCCCCCCCCCCCCCCCACACACACAUCAUGAUUUUGCUACUAAAUUACUGAUGAAUAGUGCUGAAUUAGAGAUUUUUUACUAUUGAACAUCCAUUUUCCUAUGGACUGGCCCUCCCCAACCUAUUUCAACGGCACUUGACCCCCCUAAUCCAAAUUUUCUGCCUCCGCCACUGGAGACAUCAUUCAUCGUCCGUGGCGAGACUUUGACAAAACGAAACACGAUAGUUUGAUGCGGUAACACGUUCUACAAGACAGGCACUCAUUUGAACUCAAAUACUCUCUCUCUCUCUCUCUCUCUCUCUCUCUGAGAUACUUGGCAAAGUGACAACUAGUUCAGUACUUUAACUCCUAAGAGUAAAUUGCAGCACAAGUUGCAUCUGGACCAUGAACUAGAAAUCUGAACAUAUGCAUGAUUAUAUAGAUUUUCAUUAAGCGUGGUAAAUCAAUAUAUUCCUAGUCUCCUUCCUCUCUGCCCUUGUGGUGCCAGUGGGCCUGCCAUCAUGCCACCUGGUUCCAGGGCUAUCUCAAAUAGGCCUUAGCCCCCCUAUCCUACCAUGGUUAAUAACACCUGCAUGGUCUGAAGCAUCACCAUUUUUCUAAAUCAAAUAGGUACGAGAGUAUAACUUGAGGUGUUAUUAGUCUAGUGAUGAAAUGCUGUUUAGCCGAUCAAGUGCAAAGAGCACCCUCAAGUGAAAGGUUGGGUUCAGUCAUUGCACUUGGAAAUUGGAAUCUCUGGAUGACUGUGUAACCUACGUGAAGGCUUUACAUUGAUGCCUAAUUCAGAGGUGCCAAGACUUCAUGCUCUUAACUGAAGAGUAUCAAUCUCAGGCAUAUGGCUCCAGAGUACUUGCAUGCAUGGGAUCAUAAUGAGAAGAUUUCUGUGUUUUCAUAUGGAUUGUUGCUUCUUGAAUUGUAAGUCCAUUCUUGGUCAACUGCAUAGGCAAAACCGCUGAACAACAUGAAAGAGCUAGUGGAUCCUUCUCAUGACAUUGCAGAUGACUCAGAGAGGAACACGCUCCCCAACAGUUGCAUUCAUGUGCAUUCACCACAGGGCAAGCUCACGGCCUUGUAUGAAACCGGUACUCGGUUUCUUGAAGGUAGAUAGUCCACGUACACAGAUGUGCGGACCUUAACUCCCAAAGCUCCACAUGUUCAACUCGUGGUUCAGAAGACUGGAAUGGACUCGCACACUCUAGCGACCUUAAUGGUGUGGAAUGCGGCAUAUGCAGGCUGCCUUGGAGCGGUGAAAUUUAGUACGGCGUGUAUUUGUUGACAGGUUUUUCCAUCUUUUGUAAAUCAUCUGUCUGUACAUUCUGAUCCUCCUACUUUUCAUAUGUUGAAGAUUGCAUGGAUUUGAGAGACCAAUCAUCGCCGCUGGGAAUUUUCAAUAGUAUUCAGAAUUAUUUCCUGUUUCCUCACUGCGGACUUAUUUUUUCGGACAGUUUUAACUUGUAGGGUCCUUUGUACUUAUUGAUGAAUAAUUUCAAUUUAUGGACGAACAAGUCGAGCACGUGACUA